AUGGCUAUUUCAACUGUCCUUCUUCCUAUGGUUUUGUCUCUUUCCCUCGUACAACUCGCGUACGCACAAUCCUUGGAUCAAGGGUUUUAUGCCAACACAUGCCCCAAUGUGGUCGGCAUUGUUAAACGCACGACGGCUAGUUUCAUUUCUCAAUCGCCCAGCCUUGCAGCUUCGUUGCUAAGAUUGCAUUUUCACGAUUGUUUUGUUAGGGGAUGCGAUGGUUCUGUGCUACUAAACUCUACAAAUGGGAUCCCAGCUGAGAAAGAUGCAAUCCCUAACAAAACCCUUAGAGGCUUCCAGGUCAUUGAUGCUGCAAAAGCCGCUUUGGAAGUGGUCUGUCCCGGUGUUGUUUCUUGUGCUGACAUCUUAGCGCUGGUCGCCCGAGAUGCGGUCACAAUGAUCAAUGGGCCAUACUGGGCUGUUCCUUUAGGGAGAAGAGAUGGAGUAGUGUCACUUUCCUCAGAAGCCUUAAACAGUCUGCCAGCCCCUUUUGCCAACAUUAGUGAUUUGAAAUCAACUUUUGGUGCUUUGGGAUUGAGCGUAAAGGACCUUGCUGUUUUAUCAGGAGGACACACAAUAGGCAUUUCACACUGCCCUCCCUUCUCGGACCGGUUAUACAACUUCACCGGCAACGGCGACACCGACCCAAGCAUGGACCAGCGCUACAUACAGCAGCUAAAGACCAAAUGCCCGCCGGCGGACGUGACAACCACCGUGGAAAUGGAUCCCGGAAGUUCAAGAAUCUUCAACACAGGUUACUUCACUGCUGUGAGCGCAAGAAAAGGGUUAUUCCAAUCCGAUGCAGCUCUUCUCAACGACGCUGAGACAAAGGCCUAUGUCCAACAACAAACCAACUCUGCUACCUCAACUUUCCUUAAAGACUUCGCAGCGUCAAUGGUGAAGAUGGGUCAAAUCGGAGUCCUCACCGGCAAGGCCGGAGAAAUCAGGAAGAAUUGUGCUCUUAGAAAUUAG